AUGAGAACAAACAGCGGAGACGAUAAUUGCGGCUAUAUUUCACAGAGAAACAAGAGAGUUGGUACUGAUGCUUACAUUCCAAACACGUUUGUGCCAGUUACUGCAAUUUGUUCACACCUCUAUACCAAGCCUCUGCAGUCCUAUGAAAAUGAGCGACAUUAUGAGCCUGGAGAAGACGCUUUGAGUACAACUUGGUAUGGUCUCACUUAUGAUUCUCGGCGAUGGAAACAGCAUUCUCAGGAGGCACGCAAGGAUGCUUUUCGACGCCGGAAUCCGACAGCUCACAUGAAACAAGCCGUACAGGACAACGAAAUUUUCUUAUCGAGCUGGGAUAAUCAUAAUGGGAGGUGGACUUACUGGUGA